AAGCACGUGUUGUUGUCCUCCGGGUUCCCAUAAAUCAAUUUUGUAGUUUAUUUUGGCACUGACUUUAACCCAGAAGUAAAAUCUCGCGUAAUUUGGUCAGCUGACACACUGCCACUGGACAGGGCCGUUGCCAGUGAGUCGCUUGCAUCAAAGAUUGUGAACUCUGUGCGGCUUGCAUCGUGCUAUACCUCUGUGGCGUGCAAAGCUAUUAGCUAGUAACAGAGAACAUACGAAAGGUCCGGGGAAAGGGGUGUCGUCUGAAAGCUGGAAACGGUGAAAGAAACAACUGAAGGUCACCUCAGAGAGUGUUGUACAUCCAAGUGGGUAUUUUGUGAGGAGCAUCGCUGAGAGACCAGAGGAGCUGAGAUCAGAGGAAGUGCCACCACAACGCCAUAAUGUACAAGGACUACAGAUCAGGACGAGCAGCAGGUGUCUCUUAGACGAGGUGAUCAACUCUGGCUGAUUUUCCAGCUCAACGAUGAGGACUGAACCCGCUGUCAUUUGACCCGUCCUCCAACAACGAACCCCUGCAGUUCAGCAACUCAAACGUGCCGCUGGUGUCAGACUGUCCCCUGGAGAACGGAGCUGAGAAGAGCAUUAAGAGGAAGAGACCCAGCCUGCCUCCAGAAGGGAUUCGUAACAUGUCCAUGGACUCCAACCCCAUGCCGAUGCCCAUGUCAGACCCCAACGCCUGGGCCACCGCCAUGAACAACCUUGGCAUGGCUCCCAUGAACAUGACGGGACAGCCCCUUCUGUCAGAUUUCGACUCAGGCCUUGGCAUGAUGACAGGCAUGAACCCCAUGAUGCCCGGCCUUGGUUACGUGCCCCCACCCCCCCUGCCCCAUGAUCUACCCAUCAUCAAGGAGAUCAUUCACUACCAGAGCUGCACCCUCUUCCCCCCAAACCCAAACCUUCCCUUUCCGGCCAUGAGGGAGCGCCCUCCCGGUUGUAAGACUGUGUUUGUGGGUGGUCUGCCAGAGAACGCCACCGAGGCGCUCAUCGUGGAGGUAUUUGGCCAGUUGGGGGAGAUCAUCGCAAUCCGCAAGAGCAAGAAGAACUUCUGCCAUAUCCGAUUUGCCGAAGAGUUCACUGUGGACAGAGCCCUCUUCCUGUCUGGCUACCGUAUGCGUCUGGGUUCCAGUACAGACAAGAAGGACACAGGGCGGCUCCAUGUGGACUUUGCCCAGGCCAGAGACGACUUGUAUGAGUGGGAGUGUCGUCAGCGCCUGUAUGCCAGAGAGGAAAGACACCGCAGGAGGAUGGAGGAGGACCGUUUCAGACCCCCCUCCCCUCCACCCAUCGUCCAUUACUCAGACCACGAGUGUUGCCAGCUGGGGGACAAGAUCAAAGAUGAAGCAGCGUUUGCGGAGGCUGUGCACGUGCUGCUGACCUGGGUAGAACGCGGUGAGGUGAACCGUCGUAACGCAAACAACUUCUACUCCAUGAUCCAGUCGUCCAACAGCCACAUCCGCCAGCUGAUGAGUCAGAAGGCCACCCACGAGAAGGAGUUGGAGGUGGCCAAGGACAAGUUCAAGACCGCCCUGUCUGGCAUCCUGGCACAAUUUGAGCAGAUUGUGUCUGUAUUCCACGCUGCUUCCAAACAAAAGGCAUGGGACCAUUUCUCCAAAGCUCAACGCAAGAACCUGGACAUGUGGCGCAAGCAAGCAGAGGAGAUCAGAAACAUGCAAAAUGAAGAGCUGAUGGGGAUCAGACGAGAGGAGGAGAUGGAGAUGUCUGACGAUGACAUGGAGGAUACACACGAUCCUGACGACUCAGGCCCUGUGGCCCAGGUGGAGGCCCUAAAGGAAGAGAAUGACUCUCUGCGCUGUCAGCUGGACGCCUACAGGAACGAGGUGGAGCUGCUGAAGCAGGAGCAGGGCAAAAACCAAGAACACACACCUCCACAACACAGUGAAGAGGACACCAUCAGGCAGCAACAACUAACCUUUCUACAACAGGCACUACAGGGAAUGCAGAAGCAACUGCUGAAGAUGUGUGAAGAAAUGAAACAGAGGGAGGCAGAGUUGGAGAAGAGUGUGGAGGACAAACAGCAGCUGGAGAUCCAAGUACAGAGCCUCAAGGAAGGACUGGAGAGUCUGAAGAAAACACGCACACCACAGCUGGAGACAUCACCGCGAGAUGACAGAGGGAGCGAGGAGAGUGCUGAUCAAGUCAAUCUGGAGACAUCACCGCGAGAUGACAGAGGGAGCGAGGAGAGUGCUGAUCAAGUCAAUGAGGCGACAGCGUUAGAAGUGGUUUCCUGCAGUCAGGAGAAGGAGAGUCUGCCCCCAGAGAAGAUUCCCUCCAGUCCUGUUUACUCUGAGAGAGAGGCCUUGCUAGUUGGGAUCAUCUCUACGUUCCUCCAUGUCCACCCAUUUGGAGCCAGCAUCGAAUACAUCUUCUCUUACCUACAGCAGCUGGACACCAAGAUAAACACAGGACAGGUGGGGGCUCUACUGGGUCGGCUGCCCUGUACCUUCAGACAGGAGCUGACAGGGGUGGGCGCCAGCCUGGAGAAACGCUGGAAGUUCUGUGGUUUUGAGGGAAUCAAGUCCAAAUAGAACAUUACAGAGCCACAGCGGAUAUCACAGGAGAAACAGCAUAGAGAUCUGACGGUCUUAUGAGGAUAUUGUUUUAUGGGGACCUGCACUGGUUUCUUGGCUGUUGCUCACUUGUCCCUGUGAUGGUUUACUGAUCUUGAUUUAAUCAGUUCUUAAGUGCUAGUUAUAAUGUAAACAGUUUGCUGGUCCCUGUCACAAAUAAGGUUGAGAAACACUGGCAUAGAACUCUUGACUGUAUUAUGAAGACACAGAAGUAACAACAUAGAACUCAGACUGUCCGUCACAUGGGCGGGUCGGACCGUUCUCAGAACCUCUAAUUGGUUAACUCUGCUGUCACUCAGCCAGGACUACUACCCAGGGAGGAUAUCAGGGUCUGCUGAACACUGUCAACCUCCAACCCCUCUGGCCUCUCACACUCUCUUUUCUUUCCUUGUUUGUACAAUUCUAUGAGUAAAAAUGAAUAUAUUUCUUCAUUUUCUGUAAAGGCUGUUGAAGGGAUACUUCUGGGUUUAGGCAAUGAAUGCUAGCAGAUACCCAUAGAGUUCCAGUCAUUGUGCUAGCGUCAGUUAAACAAUACCUUCAAACUGCACGCAGAGACAUAAAAAUGGUGUCCACAAGUUCAUCUGACUCUGGGGCUGUAGAUAAAGGGCCUCAUUGCCAAAACCCUGAAGUUUCCCUUUAACAGUUGCAUAGAUUGAUUUGUUUUCCUACUCUGUAAAUGCUUGGAUGAUAUUUUUAAAUAAAAAAUCAAAGCAAUCUGAA